AUCAUUUUUUGAAAUGUACAAUAUGUAAUAUGUAUAAUUUAAUCUUGGUUAGGUAUAAAAUUAUGAUAAACAGCCGCUCAGUUUUUCUUGCCACUUAAUCAUAAUGAUUUAAACACAUUUGUCUUCGACUCGUUAAUCUUACAUUAAUUGCAAACUGUUAAAUGCUUCUAGUGCUGAAUGUUUGGUCAUAAACGCUGCGGUUAAGUGAGCAGAGUGUUUCUUAGACUCUUAGUCUUCACCGUGGCAUUAAUAACGUAUACGUUUGAUGUUAAAAAAUUACGACUUUAACGAUGCGAGACACUAUACCUGUGUAAUUGUACAAGAUGAUGGAAUUUUAAUCACACGCUUUGUAAAGGAAUAACCUACUAAAAUCAAAAAAUCCUUCUUUUUCUAUAAUAAAAUCAAAUAGCGGGAGGAAGGUUAUUAGCGAUCGCAGCUGCUGGCGUCAAAGGAAAUAAUUAGGACAGUAAAGACCACCAACGGAGUAAUUAAAUCCCGAUUUUUAUUGAAUCACUAAAUUCGUUAUGAGGAUAUGUAUUUCAGAAUGCUUUAAAUCUUUAAUGUAAAUGCAAAUCUGUUUUGCUUAGUGGCGCGUCCGAGAUAAAAGUAACCAAAAUUGGAAUGGUGAUCGCGAAUUCCUCGUAAUUCUAGGUCAUGAAUUGCACAGCAAAAAUUGUUUCAAUUUCCAUUAUUAAAGUCUAGCAACUUUCUUUUAUUAAACACAUGGCCCGAUGGCCGUAUGUGUAGAUGAAACCAAAUUGAUUUCUCGGACAUAAGUAUUAAUAAUUCCAUCCUAUAAACCUACCUUGUUUAUCCCGAAAUCCUAAGGUGGAGUGUGCAGGUACUGCAGGAUAGUAAUUGCAUCUCAAAAAUCGUUACACAUGGUAAGUACCUUUUUACUUAAAAAAUAAGUAAUUUAAUGUAGUUUACCUGAUAGACUGCCCUUCAACUUGUGGCGACCAUGACAAUAUAGGUGGUUGUCUAGGUAGAAUAAUAAAUAAUUAAUAUUUGAUAUUCUGUUAUAUUUUCAAAUCGCUAAUAGUUCUUUUACUGUAUUUUGUAAUAAAACGCUACAAUUUGGUGACCCCGACUUGAGACGUGAGUGAUUACGUGCGGACACAUCUGAAAAAUGGAACAACAACUACAGGAACAACAAACGCUCAUCGCGCGACUGCAGGAACAAUUAGCGCAAAGUCGACAACAACCGGAACCUACAACAGAUACGAUAGAGGAGAUUAGAAAGGUUAAAUUACCAAUUUUUUGGCAAAAGGAUCCCGUCCUAUGGUUUGCACAAGUAGAUGCCCAAUUUCAUACGUAUAAAAUCAGGUCAGACAUCACAAGAUUUUUCACAGUGGUAGCUGCACUAGAUUGUAAUGUAUUACAAGUCUCCGACGUCGUGGCUAAUCCACCCUCGACAGACAAAUACGAGACCAUAAAGAAGAAACUCAUUGCGGCGUAUUCUGACUCGCAGGAUCGUCAGUUGCGCAAGCUGCUUAAUGAAAUUGAAUUAGGUGAUCACAAACCUUCCCAAUUACUGCGACAGAUGAGAAGCUUAGCAGAUAAACGCAUUAACGAAGACGUACUGAAGACCCUGUGGGUGCAACGCUUGCCUCAAAAUGUCCAGCUCAUUCUUUCUGCCAGCGAAGGUGUCACGUUGGAUAAGAUGGCCGACGUCGCAGACAAACUUGUGGAAAUAUACGCUUCUGGGUCGAUUUCUGCAGUCAACCGUGCUGCGUCUCCCAGACGCACGGACAUGUCAGAAUCUGCAUCUGCAUUAUUAGUAAUGCAAAAACAAAUUGAGAUGCUCACUGACAUGGUUAAAACCCUCACCACUGAUAGAGGACGUUCACAACAGCGUUAUGGUCGAUCUAAAUCUCGUUCACGCACACACUCCGGUAACUUUAGACAUCGCCCAGCAGAGGAAGUUUGUUACUACCAUGCCAGUUUCGGUGAAAAGGCAAGAAAAUGCAAGCCUCCCUGUAAUUUCAAGCCGAAGGAAAACUAAACAACCCACCGACACAUGAGGCAGUGUUCGGGGGUA